GUAUUAAUUUAAUUAUAAUGUGUCGUUCGAAGUUGUAGUCCGUUGUGGUGUUCGUCAUGGAUAACAGUGAUUCGGAAAAAAAAAAGAAAAUUAAUGAAGUGGACUUGGACGAGGUCUUGCCAAUCAUCGGAGAGUUUGGACGAUAUCAAAAGUUAUUGUUGUGGCUCGUCUGUCUGCCCGCAUGUAUACCAUGCGGUUUCGGAGCGUUCAACCAACUGUUCAUGUCUGACGUUCCCCCACAUUGGUGUUCGGAACCACAACUGUAUAAUUUUACUGCGGAACAGAGAAAACGAAUUUAUGAACAAAGUAACGUCACUCAAGUAAAAAAUGGAUGUAUGCGGUAUGCAGUUAAUUGGACAGAAGUCUUGGUGUCUUCCGAAGUCCACGAAAAUUUGGAACAGUUGGUGAACGAAAGUUGGCCUUUGGAGAAAUGUAACAGUUGGGAAUACGAUACGAGUUUCGUAAAGUCUUCAAUUGUAAUCGAUUUCGAUUUGGUCUGCGAACAUGACAUAUACCCGACGGUCGGAUUAGCAGCUCUAAACUUAGGAGGACCCAUUGGAGUGUAUUUUUUCGGUGUGUUAAAUGACAGAAUCGGAAGGAGGAAGUCGUAUUUUUUGUGUUUGGCUACAUUAAUUGUCGGUAGCUUGUUAACAGCUUGCGCAAUGAAUUUCUGGUGGUGGGCCAUGUCCAGAGUAAUCGUAGGUUUGACUAUACCGGCUGUUUAUCAAAUACCAUUUAUUAUAUCUCUGGAACUUGUCGGACCUAACUACAGGUCGUUCAUUACUGUGAUGACGUGUAUGUUCUACACACUCGGCCUGGUGUUGUUGUCCGGCGUUACGUACUACGUGCGAAAUUGGGUGUACUUGGCAUUGGCGACGUCCACCCCGUUCACACUGUACUUCAUAUACUGGUGGUUCUUACCGGAAUCGCCGAGAUGGUUACUGGCCAAAGGCCGGAUCGAAGAGGCGCUGAAAAUACUCGAAACCCUGGCCAGGAUCAACGGGACCGUGCUCCCAGAUUCGUUCAAACAGAAACUGAAGCAAAAAAUGAUGAUGGAACGCACUCUGAGCGAAGAAAAACGAUUGAAAGAAGGGCCAGGGGUGUUGGCCCUGUGUAGAACGCCGAACAUGCGCUUGAAGACCAUUUUGAUAACGUUCAACUGGUUCGCCAACGACAUGGUGUAUAUUGGACUGAGUUAUUACGGUCCAUCGUUGGGACAAAAUCAAUACUUGAGCUUUCUGCUGUCGUCCGUCGUGGAAGUGCCUAGCUGCCUGGUAUGUUGGCUGCUCAUGGACCGAUGGGGUCGCCGGUGGCCUCUGUGCCUGGCGAUGACGUUGAGCGGCAUCAGUUGCAUCGUCACCGUCACCCUGCCACCAGAUGCUGUGAUCACUACCCUGGUUUUGUUUUUGUUUUCCAAGUUCACGAUAUCGGCUUCGUUUUUAAUAAUCUAUCCAUUUGCCGGUGAACUCUAUCCGACACAAUUGCGUGGCAUUGGAAUUGGAACCUCUGCGUACAUCGCUGGUCUUGGUUUGGUAUUAAUACCAUUUAUUAACUAUUUGGGACGUGAAAAUUUAGUUUUGCCACUGUUUAUAAUGGGCAUACUAUCAGUGAUUGGUGGGAUCACUGGUCUCCGUCUUCCUGAGACAUUGCAUUAUAAGUUACCGCAGUCAGUUGAAGAGGGAGAAGAAUUCGGGAAGAACUGGACUAUGGCGGAUUGUAUAACCUGUGUUCCCAAAAGGCCGUCGGAGCAUUCGAAUUCGUACGAAGACCUAACUGAAAAACUAGAAAUGUCUCCUACGACAGAAACGACGGCAUUUGCAACAGGGAGUGCUGGUGGCAGAUCUAAAUUCACUAGACAACAGAGCACCAUGGAAACUCCACUAGACUCUUCAGGCGUAGUCAAAAUGACUUGCUGGUUUUAGUUGUUUUGUUUGAUUUAUAUCGUUUUUGUGUAACAUAAUAUAGAUGAUCGGUGCCUAGAAUAGUGUGUAAAUGAUAAUCUACAUAAUAUGGCAUGUAGACAAGAUAAGGUUUUUUUUAUAGUAAAAUCUGUCAAGAUUAAUGCAUACAAUUCCAUAAAAAAUAAAUUUUUUUACUAAACUACCUACUAACAAAAGUGUACUAGCAUAAUAUUGUUACGCGGAAUACAAGAAACCAUUCAAAUUAGUUAAAAUGUAUUUAUUUUUAAAUUGUAAAUUGUGGUCAUUUUGAAAAAGAACGAAUAUUAGUAUUUGAAAAAAUAAAAUUGCCUAUAAAUAUUAAUAUAACUAUCAUACCUAAUACCUAUAUACGUAUUUGUUUUUGAUGACUGCAUAAUACACAAUAAUUAUAAUCUGUAUAUUAUUUACUUACAAUAUAACAUAAUAUCCAAUAUCUUAUUAAUUUGUUAGUCAAAAUUUACCAGGGCUUGCAUUUAAAAAAAAAAUUCUUUACACAUUUUUUGCGUUAAUUAAGGCAAAUAUGGCCCGGCUACAGAAUACAAUAUAAUCAAUUCUAAUGUCCGCGCAUAAAAUACAUAUUUCUAAGAAACCAAUAUAACUUUUAAAUAAAUGGAUUUUAAAUUAUU